AAAUCAGUUGCAACAAUUCCCAAAGCUGCCAUUCUGUCGGUCCGCACAUCCUCGCUGACCUCGCACAUCGCGUGGGUCCCCUACGGCCAUGGCGCAACAUUGGCCCUCUCUUUCGCACUUUAUUCAGAAAUGAUCAUAGGCGAUCAGUCGCGAUGGUACGGAUAUCUGCAAUCAUUGCCCUCGGACAUCGUCCCCAUUGCCCGACUGUGGGCUCAUCGAGAAGCAUUCGCGGACGACGACACACAGCAAGCCAUGCGAUGGCUGGAGAGAACCGAAGUACAACAUGAGCUGAAUGACGCAGAGGGCGUUUCUCUCGCCGACGAGAUCGAUCAAUACUACAUCUCCGAAGUGGCCCCGAUUCUGAGCAAACUUGGGUAUAAGCCACAUUUACGUGACUUCCUCCACGCAUACUCCCUCGUCUCAUCUCGUGCAUUCUUGGUUGACGCUUACCACGGCCUGUCUAUGGUACCUCUCGCCGACGCAUUUAACCAUAGCCACGACAACCACGUGCAACUCGCCAGCGAAUACGACGUCUGCCCUUAUUGCGGAUCAUUAUCUGAGUGCGCACAUGACGACGACUUUUCGAAUGAUCAUCGCUCCGCCGCGGUUCACAACAUCCCCACCGAGGCCGACACCGUCGACAUGGUCACCGUACGCCCCAUCGGAGCGGGGGAAGAGGUUUUCAACACCUACGGAGCGUCUCUGGGCAACGCCGCGCUGCUCGCUCGAUACGGUUUUAUCCUCGAGGGCGGGGAGACGGAUGUGGUGACCUUCGGCUGGCCAGGCUCGGACUUUUUCGAUGUCGCCGAUCAAGAAAGACGGUGGAGGGACGCGUGCGACGCAACGAGAGGAGAAGCGAAGCGCCUCCUCGAAGGUUCAGAUCUCGUGUACUUCCCGGACGAAAGGCGUGGGGCUCGUCCUUUUCUCGGCAUCAACAGCGACGCGCAAGUUUCUAUCGGGCUGCUCACCUGGGCCUUGAACAAGGUCCUCGCUCCUUCCAGCGCUGAUGUGGACAUCCACAAGCGGAUAUCCGUGCUAUGCUCGGCGCUUCAGGACGCUGAAGAGGAGCUGUCUCGUGAUGACGAGGGGAUUCUCGCAAGUGAGAGUCAUGCCGGGGGCGGCACGAUCAUUCAAGAUCUGGUCGCAGUGGCACAUACUCUGCUGGAUCUGUUUAAAUCCCGUCUGGAUGUGAUUGGACAGGGUUGCAGCGCAGAAGAGUUGGGGCUUGAGCUUGACGCGCUUCCACCACAUCGUACGAAGACGAGACUGGCACUACAGUAUGUGCUAGGGGAGCGCGCGAUCAUCGAAACGUGCACGGCGCAAUGGCAGGACAUGCACAAAGUGCUCCUCUGUCGACUCUGA